CCCGGCGCCGACCCUGAGCUCACCCCGGCCUGCCCCACCCGCGCGCGAGCCCCCGGCCGGGCCCGCGGGCCGCGCGCCCACCAUGAACCUGGCGAGUCAGAGCGGUGAGGCCGGCGCUAGCCAGCUGCUCUUCGCCAACUUCAACCAGGACGUCACGUCUCUAGCUGUUGGUAGUAAAUCCGGGUAUAAAUUUUUCUCCCUUUCUUCUGUGGAUAAACUGGAACAGAUCUAUGAAUGCACUGACACGGAAGACGUGUGCAUCGUGGAGAGAUUGUUCUCGAGCAGCCUGGUGGCCAUCGUCAGCCUCAAGGCUCCCAGGAAGCUGAAGGUUUGCCACUUUAAGAAGGGGACCGAGAUCUGCAACUACAGCUACUCCAACACCAUCCUGGCCGUGAAGCUCAACAGGCAGAGGCUGAUCGUGUGCCUGGAGGAGUCUCUCUACAUCCACAACAUCCGGGACAUGAAGGUGCUGCACACCAUCCGGGAGACGCCCCCAAACCCCACCGGCCUGUGUGCGCUGUCCAUUAACAACGACAACUGUUACCUGGCCUAUCCGGGCAGCGCCACCAUUGGGGAGGUGCAGGUCUUCGACACCAUCAACCUGAGAGCUGCGAACAUGAUCCCGGCUCAUGACAGCCCGUUAGCCGCCCUGGCCUUCGACGCCAGCGGAACCAAACUCGCCACUGCUUCCGAGAAGGGGACCGUGAUUAGGGUGUUUUCCAUUCCAGAAGGACAGAAACUCUUUGAGUUCCGGAGAGGAGUGAAGAGGUGUGUGAGCAUCUGCUCCCUGGCCUUCAGCAUGGAUGGCAUGUUCCUGUCCGCCUCCAGCAACACCGAGACUGUGCACAUCUUCAAACUCGAGACUGUGAAAGAAAAGCCUCAGGAGGAGCCCACCACCUGGACCGGCUACUUCGGGAAGGUGCUCAUGGCGUCCACCAGCUACUUGCCCUCCCAAGUGACAGAGAUGUUCAACCAGGGCAGGGCCUUCGCCACGGUGCGCCUGCCUUUCUGUGGCCACAAGAACAUCUGCGCGCUGGCCACAAUCCAGAAGAUUCCCCGAUUGCUGGUGGGCGCCUCGGACGGGUACCUGUACAUGUACAACCUGGAUCCCCAGGAAGGUGGCGAAUGCACCCUCAUGAAGCAGCACCAGUUGGACGGCAGCAUGGAGACAACCAACGAGAUCCUGGACUCCACGUCCCAGGACUGCCCCCUGGUGGCGCAGGCGUACAGCGCAGCCGUGGCCAAGGGCCCGCUCGCGCCUUCGUCCCCCACGGCGCUGGCCUACACAGACGAGCUGGGCGCCGCGGGCGGCUCGGGGCUGGAGGACGAGGCCAGCGCCCUGCGGCUGGAGGAUGACAGCGAGCACCCCCCCAUGAUUCUACGGACGGACUGACCGCGACCUGUGACCUCCUCGGGCCCCGAGGCAGAGGACACUGGCUGACAGAGGACUUCGCAGUCAUGCUGCUAUGAACUUUGACCCAAGCUGGGGAGAGGAUGGCAGAGACUUCUAAAGCAAAAAGAAAAAAAAAAGAUUGUAGCUGUAGGCUCAUUCCAUACUGUUGAGAAAUACAUUGUUUUCACUUCAGUGGCUUUUAAUCCUGCUUAUGAAUUUUUAGCUUUUCGUUGGUUUUCUCUUUUUUUGCCAAAAUCAACUGUUUGGUGAAGCCCUCGAAACACUUUUGCUUUGCAUGUAUUCAUGUGCCAAGCCAGCCAGGAGCUCUCGAGCCCGCUCGUAACAGCCCGCAGGCGUCUGGGGUUUUCCGUCUGUACAGAGAGGUGCGGGCCGAGAAGGCGGCGCAGCGAGCACGCAUCUGGUCCUGCUCAGGCGGGCCGGGCGGCGGCCUUGGGGGGUCCUCUCUCACUGGAGCCCCUCUGGGACCAUUUCUCCCCCCCUCUCCCCGUUUUAUUUUGUUAAUUAAAUUCUUUCCAAAUUGGA